AUGGAAGGAAGGCCAAAAAGACAUAUCUCCACAAAUAUUGACUAUAGGGAUAGAAGACGACCACCAGGUGAAGCAAAGCUCAAGCUUUAUCAAUCACACGGACCUACAUCAACAACAACAACAACAGCAACAACAAAAAGAAGAAACAGUGGUAGUGAAUCUAUUCAAGUCUUAUGCAAACAAUUACUCGAUGCCUUGUAUGAUCUACGUGAUCCAGAAGAUGACACUCCUUUGACUUCUCUAUUUCUUGAAUUACCAUCAAGGGAAGAUUAUGCAGACUAUUACGAAGUGAUCAAGCAUCCUAUCGCUUUGGAUACUAUCAAUGAUAAAUUGAACAAAAAGGAAUAUAACUCAUUGGAUGAUCUCAAAAGCGAUCUCAAUCUUAUGGUGGCCAAUGCAAAGAAGUAUAAUAUUAAGGAAUCUCAAGUUUAUCAAGAUGCUCUUCAGAUACACAAACUUAUCAAGACUUGGACGCCUGGAAACCAAUCACGAAGAUCUAGUCGAACCAUAUCAACAAAAGAUGCAAAUGCAGCAUCUACUGCCUCUGCCAAGAAUAUUCUCAAAUUGCCUGGUGAAGCCUUCAUUUCAAGAAAAAGUAAAGAAACGCCACCCAUAUCCGAAAAUCGCAUUCGUACUAUCCGUUUACGUACUGGUACUGAAACAUCAAAAUCAAAAGAUCUUCCUUUGUUGAUGGAUGCUAUUUCUAAGGGGGAUACUCAAACUGCUUUGACCAUUCUGCAAAACAAUCCCUCUUUAGAUGUGAAUCAACUUGUAGAAGUAAAUCUAUUUGAUGAUACAUUUACAUGGAGUCCUUUACAUGCCGCUUGCUAUUAUGGGAAUAUUGAUGUUUGUGAAGCUCUAUUGUCUCAUGGGGCUAAUGUUGAAAUAAAUGAUACUUGGUAUUCUGCUACACCUCUUGGUUGGGCUGCCUACGGUGAUCAUGAAAAUAUUGCUAGGCUUUUGAUAGACAAGUAUAAUGCGAAAAAGGACGCCAAGAAUGUUCAUGAUCAAGCUCCUUUUGAUUUAGUACCAGAACAAGAUGAUCCCAAAUGGAAUGGUAUAUUCUCUACCGCCACUAUUCCUGCUGUAUCAGGACAAGUGGGCUCGAAUGGAAUGAUGAAUCAAAAUAUCAAUAAACAUCAAAAAAUGCAAUUUUACUCCAUGGAUCCUACCAAGAAAAAGCGCGGAAGACCUCUGAAAAGUGAAAUUGAAAGCAAACGCGCAGCCCAGCGACCAACCCAUAAAAUUGAUUUGAAUAAAUUUGAUGCUGGAUCGUUUAUGAUUGAUAUACUCAAUAGUAUUAGGAAGAACACUGACAAUACACAUCGAACGUAUUCUGAAAUGUUUGAAGAUCUACCCAAUCGUGAAGAAUAUCCUGAUUAUUACAAGGUUAUCAAGAAUCCUAUUUCUCUGAAUAUGGUUGAGGAUAAAAUGCGACAAUAUGCAUAUAAAACCAUUCAAAGUUGGUUUGAUGAUCUCGCAUUAGUAUUUGAAAACGCAAUGCAAUAUAAUGAAAAUGGAUCUCGUAUUUAUAAAGAUGGAAAAUUAUUACUGCGUAUGUUAUAUAGGCUGAAGGAAAAACUGAUAUUUGACUACGGUGUACCAGAAACUCAAGAACCUGAAGGGCAAUUCAUUAGGGAUCAGCAGUAUACUCAAUCACCUACACCACCAUUUUCGGGAAUGCCAACACAAACAUCACCUUUUCCCCAUCCUGCCAUGUCAUCAGUGCCAAUGAAUCAAAUGGCGAACUCAGUAGCAUUUAGCCCACGACAAUUUCCAUCUGGAUUUCCGCCUAUGGUUCCUCCUGCAAGCAGUGACACGGCAAUGUCAGUUGAUAGCCACUCUAUGGUAUCUUCAACAGCAAUAUCAUCACCUCCACCUUCUUUACCAUCACCUAAUAAUAGAAUGACAAACGGCACUCCUCCUCAUCAGGCACACUUUAAUCUCAUGGCAGCACAACAGUUAAAUCAAAUUCCAUCGUCGAUCAAUCAUAAUCAACAACAAGCGCAACAACAACAGACUCAACAAAUGUUACCACAAAUGAAUAAUGAAUUGUUGAAUCUGCUUGAUCAAGAAGCUCAUAAAGUGCGGCUAUUGGACAGCAUCACAUUGACAGCGAACGAUACGGAUUUUACAAUGUAUCUGGAUGGCGAGCAAGUUGGACAUAGUGCAGUGAUACCUUCUACCAUAGACAAAUUACGACUUACCCCCAAAUUACCUACAGCUAUUAGCAAAGAACUAGGACGCGUGAUAAUCCAGGUGAUACACAACUCAAACAAUUUGACAGCACAGCAUGAACAAAAUAUAACAACUGGUUCCCCAUACUGGAUCAUGCCUCUUAGUCCUGGAAUGAACAUAGUCAAGAUGAUCAUCGUUGUAAAUGCCACUGCUCCUGAUGCAACUCUACCAGAUUAUAGAACGCAAACAUAUCAUUUAUUCUUAAAUCAUAUUUCAUAG